UUGAGAAAAUGUUGCCUUCCUUAUCCUCUACCUUACUAAUCUUCAUAGUCCUUCAGGCUUCGGCAUAUAAAGGAUUUGCAGAGACAUUUGAAGAAGUAAAGUUGUGUUCUUUUUAUUUUUUAUCAUUUUCUCCGAGAAAGAGAGAUAGAUAGAAGAGAGAAGAAGAAGUUGAUGUUUAUUGGGUGGUUUGGGUUGGCAAACAUAAUAAGGGAGUUUGAAGCUGGUUCUGUUGUGGAGAAUGGAGGAUUCUUUGAUCCCACAAAUCAGCCAUGGGAUCAUGGAUGAGCAGGAAGAAGAUCUCGGUUCCUUUUCUUCUUUUGAGGAUGAUGAGGACGAGUUUGUGCUGUCGACGACUUCAUCGUCGUCGUGCUUAAUGGAAGAUGCCACCUUCUCUCCAUCUAGCGGUAGUUUGGAGGAGGAAGACGGAUCUCCUCUUUUUCAGAUGUCUAAUCUCAUUGCCCAACUUCCCCUGAAGAGAGGGCUAUCAAAGCAUUUCCAAGGGAAAUCACAAUCAUUCUCAUCUCUGUGCAGUGUGAGGAACUUGGAAGAUCUGGCCAAACCUGAGAGGCCAUAUAAGAAGAAGCUGAAAUCUUCAAAGAGCUAUGGAGGAGGAUUAGAUUGCCACAAAGCUCUUUCUUUUACAAGGUCGGCCAUAAUAAAGAAGCCAUCCAGAGGUUCCUUCUCCUCAUUGGGACAAAAAAAGCAGAGCUUUUUGAGCAACAGCAGGCCUCCCAUUCAUCCACAGAAAUCCUCUGGAAAUCUGUCAAAUCAGGCGCUUCUGUUUGCUUGAUCGAAUUCUAAUAGAAGCUGUGGACUUUUUCUGAUCUUUCGCUUUAUGAUUUGUGCGAAGGUUUUUACUGAAUCAUUUUAGAUUUGUACAGCUAAAAGUAGGCUUGAUGGGUUGCCUGACUAGUUUUUUUUUUCCUUUUUUUUCUCUCUUUUUGCUGAUCCAAAUGUUACUAAUGAAAAAUAUGGAUCAGUUUUAUCAACAGUGUUUGGCUAUCCUCCAUUGUUGAGCUCUUUGCUAAAUGAAGUAAAUUUAUAUGCAUCUUUUGGUGAUGGCGAUACCAACAAGAAAAAGUUUCGAUCU